GUACGUAUGAUAAGGUUCAUCGGGUAAGGUGCUUCCCACCGAAAGGCUAAGCUAAGGGAACGACAGGAUGAAGCUUAACAGCAGAAUCCCCUAGGUUGUAAAUUGGUUUGAAUGGAAAUGGUGGAAGGAAAUGGACAUUCCCGUAGUUAGCUUGCUGGUGCCGCAAGGGCAACAGCCCACUGAUCGGGGUCACAAUGCCGGGAUUCAAUCAAGUAUCGCUGGCACGGCACGCGCACGCGCUCCUCCUUGCACUUCAGCAAAUCCAGCUUCGCGCACCGCAAGGAGGGCGCCCAGUUCCGCCGCUCCUGUAUGAACAUGUCGGGAACAUAACGGCGGCUCUUCAGCGUCUGCAUGAACAGUUUGCUCUGCUGAUUAACGGCGACCCGUUACGAGUGGAUGCCAGCAUCCGCCCCGACGACUUGCUGCACCUUGUGCGUUGGUGGCAGGACGGCCGUCUGACGCAGCUGCUCCACAAGAUUUUCAUUUCAGCUGUUCGUGAUGUCGCAACGAUUUGCGUCAAGGCUCCCGGUGGCCCAGCCGCAGUCAGCUCAUUGCGCGGUGCCUCGCGCUCAGUGCCCCGCGCAAAUCCCGGUCGAACCCACGCUGACCACGUCCGGGGCCAAAAAGCCCAGGCGACGUAUGAGCAGUACUUGGGCUCAGCCAAGGCCGCUCAAUGCGCCGCAUCCGUGGCUGUACUCCACGGGGUGCUGCAGCUGGUGAUCGAUGCCCUGCAGCUGCUGCGCAGCAGGCCCGCCUCCUCCCUCUACCCUCCACCUCCGCUGCCGCCACCGCCAGAGCCGGAGACCAACUCGGAGACGCCAGCGGAGACACCAGAAUCCGCUGCUGCGGCUGCUGACGCAACCACCCCAGCAGCACCUCCGGCAAGCGACACCCCCGCUCCUUCCAGCGACCCCACAGGUUCCCCUCCCGAACCCGCAACCGAGGCAGCUGCUGCUCCCGCCGCCGAGCCCGAGCCCAAGGAUCCCGCUCCUCCCGCUGCUGCAGCCCCCGCAGCCCCAACAGCCACCAAAGCAGCGGCCGCGCCAAAGCACCGUGCAGGCAACUCCAAAGCCCAAGACAGCUCCGCCUCCUCCUCCACAGCCACAGCCAACAGCUCAUCCAGGCCAUCCAACGCCUCACGCCUCGCCUCGCAGAAACAAACAACGCCGGCUGCCGCAUCCGCCUCUUCGGCAGCAGCCUCCUCCUCUUCUCCCCCGCCUCCGCCGCCUCUGCGCCCGGAGGAGGAGCGCUACCAGCGGCUGUGCGCGCGCCACCGUGCCGCGGAGCGCUCCUUCCUGGCCUGGUCCGGGCUUCAGGACGCCGUACUGGGCCUCAUGUGCAACAGCCCGCUGCUGCUCAACCUCUCCGAGCUGCUGCGCCACGUAAGCGCGCUGCUGGGGCAACCUUCCGUAGGCAGCGGCGGAGGCGGCGGCGCUGCUGGUGGCGGCGGCGGCGGCAGCGGCACGCCCGCUGCUCCGCGAAUGACGGCGCUGUGGCGACAGGUAUGGUCGGUGGUGCCGCCGGUAGCGGCGCUGGCGCAUUCGGCGGUGGCGGCGGCGUGCGCAUCGCUCCUGCCGGCAGCGCAGGCGGGGGGAGCGCCGGUGGUGGACCCCUCGUCUGCUGCGGUGCUGCUGACGGCGCUGUCAGACAGCGCGCUCAUCCCGCUGUGUUGCGAUGUGGUGCUGUCGGUGCCGCGGGGGGCGCUGCUGCACCAAGCCGCCGCCAGGCAGAGUGUCACUCUGGCGGCGCAGCAGCUGCUGGUGGCGUCUGUACGGCUGUGCGCGGUGGCGGAGGCGGGGGAUGCGUUCAAACCGCCGCCACCGAAGCCGCCGCCGCCGGAGGCCGCUGCUCUGGUUGCAGGUCCGACGGCCGCUGGGGAAGAAGAGCCUGCUGCGGCUGUAGACGGAGAGAUUGCAGCGGCUUCCUCAGCGUCGGCAGCGGAGGAUAGCGUGGUUACGGUAGUUGGGGCUACGGAAUCUGAGGGAGGGCAGGGAGAAGGCGCGGGGUCGGACGCCGGUUUGGCAGCUUCAGUGGCAACCGGCGAUGCUGUUGCUGAUGUCGUGCUGGCUGGGGAGGAGCUGAUGGGGGGUGGUGCAGCUGCCGAGGCCGGGGGCUCGGCUGCCGGUACCGGCGACGGAAGCGCAGGCAGCAGGCGGCAAAGUAACUCAACCAGCGGCGGAGCUAGUAGCAGUCUUGCGGGAGGUGCUGGAGGGACGGGAGACGGGGCCCAGCGUCGGUCAAGUACCAGCACCGUCGGUGCUGUCGGACUUCCUGACGCUGCGUGUGCCAGCUCCGGAACCGGAGCAAGCGCCAGCACUGACGGCGGUGGUGAUGGAGCGCCAGCCCCGGCCUCAGCAGAUGGAGCGAUGGAUGCAACCGCCGCCGAAGCAGCAGUAGCAAAGGUCUCCGCGUCUGGGUCGCGUACAGCCAGCGGAGCUGGUUCCCAAGAGGGCGGAGUUGCUACGGAGGCAGCCGCGGCAGACGUGGCAACGGAGGGUGCGGCAGGAGAGGCGCAAGAAGGCGCAGCGGUAGAGGCCCAGCCGGCGACGGAGGCGCUGCUCGAUUCCGCAGCGGAGGCAGGCUCACAAGCAGGCAGUGAUGCGCCGGUGUUGGCGGGUCCGGCGGAGGCGGAGGCGAAGCGCUCAGCGGAUGGCAGCCGCGCCUCAGCAGCGGGAGAGGCAUCGGCCACCACAUCAGAGGCGCCGGCGACGGCGUCGCCUGAGGGUGUGCUGGAGGCUGAGCCGCCGGCGCCGUCGGAUACCCUCCUGGCUGAUGCGGCGGCGGAGGGGGCGUCGGCGGGCCCAGCGUCGGAGGCUGCAUGUGAGGAUGGAGUCGCGGGGUCUGAAGGAGGCUUGACGCUGGUGACGGCGGCGGCUGAUGCUGUGGAGGGACCAGGGGCUCCGUCGGGGCUCCAGGAAUCCGAGCCCUCCUUGUCCGCGGUAGUUCCAGCUGUAGCGGAGGAAGCCUCCUUGUCGGCAGUAGUGGUGGUCACCUCGCCGGGCUCGCCCACACCGCCAGGCGGCGAUACCGAGAGCGGAGACCCGGAGGCCGUAUCCGCCGCGACCCCCCCGCCGCCGCCGUCGCUGCCGCCGCUGGAGGCCGCCGCCGCCGCCGCGCUGGCGGUCCUGAGCUGCCCUGCCGUACAGUACUUCAUGUGCGAGCGCCAGGCCAGUGCUGUAGCCCAGACGUACGGAGAUCUGGUCAACGUGAUCGGCAGCGGCAUCGUCGCGCCGCCGCCAGCGUCCGCCGUCGCCGCCGCGACGCUGACCACAUCCUGGAUCGUCGCGCCCAUGCUGGCCGGCGGCUCCUCAACGCAGGCAGUGCCGGGCCGGCCCACCUCACCUACCGGCUCCGGCGGGAACGCGGUGGGCAUCAUGGGCUGUCUGCCUCCCGCGGAGAUACUGGAGGUGGCUCGGGGCUGCGGCUUGGACCUCCUGCCCGUCCCCGUGCUGCCCUGGUCGGUUCCUGUGGAGGCAGCCCUAGUGGCGAUGCCAGACCUGCGUAGCGUGCAGCCCACCGGCAGCAACGGCGCCGCCGCUGGCGGCGGCGCCGCCGGCGCUCAGCAUCUGCGAUCUGGAUCCAGCGGUGUUGGUACGGCAGGAACCAGCGGUAGGCCGUCUCUGUCGUCCAUCGCCUCCGCCACGGGUCAGCUGACCCUGGAGAGCCAGCUCUCGCGUCGUCGGAAGGACACUCAGACCCCGCCGGCGCCGUCGCCGCCAGCCAUUGCCUCGCAUGUGAGCCUCCCGUUCGUGACGACGGUAAGCACCGGCUCGGGGCCUCCGGGAGGUCCGGCACCCGCAGCGCCGAAGCUGCCGCCGCUGCGCGCCACCAUCAACUCGGAUUCCGAGUUGCGACGUCGGGAGCAGCAACGUGCGCAGCGGCAGCAGGAAGCAGCAGAGCGGGAAGCGCAGCUCGUGGCACUUGUAAGGGCGACGGCGCUGGCGUGGCAGGGUCUUAUUGCCGCCGCCGCCAGGUCCGCUGACGUUCCCGAUGCCGUACAGGCAGCAUCAGGCGACAACGCCGAGGCUGCUGCUGCGGCGGCGGCGGCGGAGCCUACGCGGCCCCCCACUCCUCUGGGCUACGUGCCCAGCGCCAGCAGAGUCCUCGUGCAGUUCGUCUCCGCGGCGGCGGUAUGCCGAGUGGCCAGCGUCGUCGUCGCCGCCGCCAGUGGCGAUUGUCAGCGCAGCCGCGGCGGCGGCGGCGCUGCCGCCGCCGGCAGGUCCGUCUCCCCUCCUCGCGGCAGCCGUACCUUCAUCGGCGCUGCUAACGGUGGCGGCGGCGGCGGAAGUGGCAUGGUGGUUGCUGCCGCCGCCGCCGCCGCCGCGGGCGCCGACGACGCUCCCGAGGAGGGCCUUGCGAAGCUGCUUGCGGUGCUGGUGGGCAACAUGGCGGCGGCGCAUGCGCUGUGUUCGGAGGGGGAGCGGGCGGCGCUGCAGCGCCAGUCGUCGGGGCUGCUAGUGGCGGCACUGGCGGCGGCACAGGAGCUCCUCACCCGCACCGGUAACCCCGACGUCUCCACCCCGCUCGUCGCCAUCCCAGAGGCCUGUCUGAGCUGGAUGGCGGAGGCGGAGCGGCGGCGCGAGGCGGAGCACGCACACCUGGAGUCCGAGCUGUCCGCUGCCGAGCUGGCGGCGGCGGAGGCGGAACACGCGCAGUUGGAGCGGGCACUCGCGCUAGCGGAAGCGGCAUGCGCGGAGGCCGAUGCCGAUUACCCGGUAGCCCGGACGGGUGCUGGUGGAGGGCUGAUGGUCCGCGGCGAGGGUGGUGGCGAGGAUGAAGAUGACGCUGAAGAUGGGGAUGAGGAGGGUAUUCUUGGCGCUGCGGCGUCCGCCGCAGCGGAGGCGGUGGCCCGAGUGGCGGCGGCGAGGCUGGCGGCGGCGGCGCGGGAUGCUGCACGUCUGGCGGCUGCGGUGUCCAUGUGCGAGGCGUGCGUGCGCUUCCUGGUGGCGCACCACCAGGGCAUGGUGGCGACGCUGGUGCGCGCGGGGCUGCUGCGGCCGGGGCUGCGGCUGAGGCGGGAGCACACGAGGCAUGCGGAGCUGCUGCAGCAGACGCUCUCUAUGCUAGCCCACCUCGCCAGCCGCUGCGCAGCCGCCAUCGCCGAGGCACACGCCCCCCGCCCCCUGCACUCCGCCGCCGCCGCUGCCGCCGCGUCCGGCCCCCCCUCCCGCUCGCCCGUGGCCCUCGCCGCCGCCGCGCAUGCCAUGUCCGCCCACGCCAUCGCCGCCACCUACGCCUCCGUCACCACCUCCCUCCACAGCGCGCUGCUGUCCGUGCGCAAGUGCCUGGCGGUGUGCUCGCAGCAGCUCGCCUCCGCCGGCGGUACGGCACUGUCCCUGGAGCCCGUCACGGCGGUGUGUGCGGCGCUGUGUGCCUUCCCCGGCAGGCUGGCGGCGGUGCUGCUGCCGGCGCAUGAGCUGGCGGGGCUGAGGCCUAGUCGCAUGGGGGAUGAGGAGGGUGAAGGAGAGGGGCUGGUUUUGGGCGGUGGUGUUGGUGGUGAGGAGGAGGAGGGGACGCUGGCGUGCGGUUCGGGCGGCGAAGGUGGAGAGGGUGCGGCGGCGGUGGUAGAGGGAGACGCGGGCGAUACUUCUGCUUCCGCUGGGGAGGCGGUAGCCCCGGCUUGUGAAGAGGAGGCAGCGGCACCGCCGCUGGCGGAGAGGUCCUGUUCGCCAAUUGACAUCAUCGCUAGCAAGCAGGAUCAACCCUACAGCAACACUGCCGCGCUGCUGUACCCCUUCGGCUUGGAACCCAUCGCAGAGGCAUCCGAGCUCUCGCGCGAGACCUCCUCCAACGUCAGCCUGUCGCCCGCGCAGCAGCAGCGCCGCAGGCAGCAACAGCAGCAACAGCUGCUGGCGGCUCAGAGGGGCAGCGAUGGCAGCGGUAGCGAUAGCAUGGGCGGCUUCCGCAGCGGCGGCGGCAGUCCGACGCCUGGGUACCCCAUGGACACGGUGGAUGAGGAGGAGGCGGACGCCGCUGCUGCUGCCGCUACCGGGGAGGAGGAGGAGGAGCCCGUCAGUCCUACGGCGCCGGGGCUGACAGGAGCGGAAGCUGCGGCUGUGAAGAAAGCACAAAACGAGGACGCCGGAGAGGAAAAGCAGCAGCAGCAGCAACAGGAGCCCAGACACGUCCGGGCGGCCCGGGCUGCCAGGGCGGUCGCCUCCGUGUCCGCGGCCAUUCCCUACGUCGCCCGCGCCAUCGCCUCCAGCGCCCUGCACACAACGGUCCUGCCCGCAUGGCGCGUCUUCACCACCCUCUUCCUGCAGCUGGCGGCAACCGAGCUAAACAAGCCGCCGGCGCUUCCGGCCGCGGCCCCCACGGCGCCGUCACCGACGCUGUCGGAAUCCGGUCCCCGGCUGCUUCCGUCGCUGUCCGCCCGGCAACUGCAGCAGGAGUCCACUCCGUCCUUCCUACCGGCCAUCCCGGGGCUGGCGCCGCUGCCGCUGUCGCCGGUGUCCGGCUCCCGAGCUGCGUCACCGGAGCCGGUUUCACCGCCUUGGCAGCCGCCCGCCUCAUCGCCGCCGCUGCCACCGGUGCCGCAACCCGCGUCUCGGUCGCCUUCGCAGAACUCCCGGGCUGGGACAGCAGCGAGUCAAGAGCAGCAGCAGCAGGAGCAGCAGCGGCAGAGGAGCAGCAGCAGUGGGGCGGGCUCGGCUCAGCCUCGGGGAGGCUCAGCUACUAGCGGUGAGGAGCAGUUGGGAGCAGCAAGCCAGCCUGGAAGCGAGAGCGGUUCGCGCCCGAGUAACGAAGGUGGUGUCCCUGAUUCUGCUGCUGCUGCUGCUGGUGAUGGUGGUCCUGCUGGUGAUGGUGCAGCCGCCGUUGAGGCACAGGACCAGCCCAUGGCACCCGGAGCAGCAGCAGCCGCUGAGGCGGAGAGCGAGGCUGGGGCUGAGGCUGCCGCAGGCACGCAGGACGGGAGCGAGGCGGCUGCGGGCACAUCCUCAGCCUCUUCCGCAGCCUCCUCGCCUUCUCCUUCUUCGGUAAAUGUCGCGGGGGCUGCAGAUGCUGCUGCUGCUGAGGAGCAGGCGACGGAGGAGGAGCGCCGCGCCUCCUCAUCAGCGGGCGGUGUGGCGCCGCCUGCCGCUGCCUCCCACCCCUCGCCACCGGCCUCAAAGCGAGCCAGCGACGCGUCAUCCACACAGCCGGCGGCAGCCGCUCAGGAACCGCAGCAGCAGCAGCAGGAACCACUGCCGGGAACAGAUGGAGGGCCUGAGGAGGCGCAGCAAUCCCCAGCCGAACCCGGUACCACACCCCGCUCCGACCCAACAUCCGAGGCACUCCAAACCCAGCCUCCCCUGCUCCAGCCUGACCCCCAGCAGCUACCACCUCCCUCACCGCAACCCCAAACCCAGCUCGCUGCUCCUCCUUCACCACCCCUCACCACCGCCAUGCCCCCCAGCGCCCUGACGCCCGAGCAACGUGCAGGACUGUCGUACGCUACCACGGGUCUGUGGGACCUGCUGCAUGUGCUGCUGGCGGUGCACCGGGGCGGGGGACCCUGGCCCGCAGCCGUGUUCGCACUGCCGCGGGAGAGGGAGAUGGAGCUGAAGCGGGUGGCGGAGAGGCUGCAGAGCCCCAGACAGCCCGCAGCGCAGCGCCCUGAGGAGACGACGGCGACGACUACGGUUACUGCUGGUGGUGGUGAUGGCAGUAGUGGGAGUGGUGAUGGUGCGGGUAGUGCUGAUGGUACUAGUGGUGUGGGAGAGUUGGCAGGAGCAGGAGCAGGGGCAGCAAUUGGAGGGGAAGGGGAGGUGGGCGGUGCGCGUGUGAGCAGCCUGAGUGGCUAUGGUGUGGGCGGCAGCAUGGGCAGUUUCAGUGGUGGUUUUGGGGGUGUUAGCGGCAGCGGCAGUGGGAGUAUGGGCGUGUACGGAGGGUUUGGGAGUGGCAGUGGGGAUGAGGAGAGGCUGGGUAGUAGCAGCUACGGAGGUGACGGAGUGGGAAUGGGAGUGGGAGGAGGUGGAGCAUUCUUCUUGACGGCAGUUGACAUCAACGAUGACUGCGUCAGCACCGUCGAGUCAGCAGCACCAGCCACCACCAUCACCACCUCUGAGGCUGUGACUGCUCCUGCUGCCUACACAGUCCUAACAGUCAGCGACGAUCCCCAGGGUGCCUGCGCCGGCAGCAACGACGACGACACAUCAACAGCCCCAGCCCCAGCUCAGGCCGGGCAACCGGAGCAGCAACCUCCACAACCGCAACCCGAGCAACAACCGGAGCCACAAUCGCAGCUACUGCCUUCCGCCACCGUUGCCGUACCCGAGUGGCGAAACGCGGUGGAGCUGCUUCAAACGGUGCUCAGCAUGCAGGCCGCCUGGGCGGAGCUGCAAGCCAUGGAGGCGGCAUUCGGACCCAGCCCGCAGCCCAGCCUACCCACGCUGGGCACCAGCAUACCCGCCGCGCUGCCCACCGCAGCGGCGGGCGCAGGCGACCCAUGGGUCGGCGGCAACACGGCAGCGGGGGCUGCGGCAGGCCCUGUGAUGCUGGACAGCGGCCCCUCCGCUGCGCAGCUCCUGGCGUCCUUCCUACGUGACGGCAGGGGCGGCAACAGCAGCGGCUGGAUCAGCGGAGGCGGCGGCCGGCGUGGCAGUAGCGGCGUCAUCAGCGCUGUCGGCAGUAGCGGCGGCCCCCACGGUUACUACUCCACCUACGCCACCGCUACAGGCGCCCAUGCUGACGCCGCCCCGUCCGAGGGGGCGGCCUCCUCCUCCUUUUCCGGCUUCCCGCAGCUGCCCCCCGCGCCUCCCGUGCUGCUGCUGGAUCCCGCGGAGGCCGCCUGGGUGCUCAUCGGCUCCUCCUCGCCCGCUGCCGUACACGCUGUCGUACAUGCCGCCCAUGCAGGCGGGGGUGGGAGUGGUGGUGGUGCAUGGGGUUGCGGCUACCCUGGCUGCACCAGCCUGGCGGGUGCGAGCGAGGUGGGUCAGGGUCGGCGGGUGGUGUGCGGCUGCCAGCAGGCGAGCUACUGCUGCUCCACAUGCCAGAUGCUGGACUGGAUGGGCGGGCACCAGCAGGUGUGUAGGAGCAGGCGGAGGGGGGCCGGGACG